AAGCUGAUCGCCGGGAGAGGUCGGGCGGCGUGUUGGGCCCCGAAGACUGUGCCAAAGAAGACUUUUACUCAGAUGACAUCACAUUUGGACUACUAAUGCUAUCCACCCACUCUACAAGGCACAAUGCAUUUCUAGGUAAUUUAACAAAUGCAGAGUGAAGCCCAUUCUUUCAUUUGCAAAAACCUUCUGGAAAAUUACUUGGAUGCUGUAAUUAAAUGUCAGUGAAAUUAGGUAGUUGUAUUUGGGGAAAAACUGAAGGAUCCACUGGCAGACACCAGAACGUUAUAAAAAUCCAGCAGUGGCAGAUGUAGUUAAGAGGGGUCGAGGGGUGCUGUUCCUCAGCUGUGCCAACUGUCAAAGUUCAGAAUUUAAUGCUUUUCUGCAGAAGAGGCUACAUCUAACUCCGCAUUGUUCUUCAAAGGAACCAGGUUUCAUCACUAAACCUCACACUUCAACAAGUCCCAAGGUGUAAAAGGCAAACGUACAAAUGUCUACCACAAGACUAAAGUGUGAUAUGUUAUGUUUUUUACCAUAAGCACCCAUAAAAUGAGCUCCAUUGCAGACAGAAAUGAUGGAAGCAUUUUUGAUGGGCUGGUGGAAGAAGAUGACAAAGAUAAAGCAAAAAGAGUGUCUAGAAACAAGUCUGAAAAGAAACGUCGAGAUCAGUUUAAUGUUCUUAUCAAAGAGCUGGGUUCCAUGCUUCCGGGUAAUGCUCGGAAGAUGGAUAAAUCCACUGUACUGCAGAAGAGCAUUGACUUUUUACGGAAGCACAAAGAAAUUACUGCACAAUCAGAUGCCAGUGAGAUUCGACAGGACUGGAAACCGACAUUCCUUAGUAAUGAAGAGUUCACACAGUUAAUGUUAGAGGCUCUUGAUGGUUUUUUUUUAGCAAUUAUGACAGAUGGAAAUAUAAUAUAUGUGUCUGAAAGUAUAACUCCCUUACUUGAACAUUUGCCAUCUGAUCUUGUGGAUCAGAGUGUAUUUAAUUUUAUCCCGGAGGGGGAACAUUCAGAAAUUUAUAAAAUACUGUCUUCUCAUCUGCUGGAAAGUGAUUCAUUGACACCAGAAUACUUAAAAUCAAAAAAUCAACUCGAAUUCUGUUGCCAUAUGCUGCGAGGAACAAUAGAUCCAAAAGAGCAACCUACAUACGAAUAUGUGAAAUUUAUAGGAAAUUUCAAGUGUUUGAAUAACGUUCCCAACUCGGCGCACAACGGUUUUGAAGGAACCAUUCAGCGAUCGCACCGCCCUUCCUAUGAAGACAAAGUUUGCUUUGUAGCCACAGUUAGAUUAGCCACACCUCAAUUUAUCAAGGAAAUGUGCACUGUUGAAGAACCCAAUGAAGAGUUCACAUCUAGACAUAGCUUAGAAUGGAAGUUCCUAUUCUUGGAUCACAGGGCGCCUCCGAUAAUAGGUUAUCUUCCAUUUGAAGUUUUGGGAACAUCAGGCUAUGAUUAUUAUCAUGUGGAUGAUCUAGAUAAUCUGGCAAAAUGUCACGAGCACUUAAUGCAGUAUGGGAAAGGGAAGUCAUGUUACUACAGAUUCCUUACAAAGGGACAGCAGUGGAUUUGGCUGCAAACACAUUACUAUAUCACGUAUCACCAGUGGAAUUCCAGGCCAGAGUUUAUUGUCUGUACGCACACCGUUGUAAGUUAUGCAGAAGUUAGAGCAGAAAGACGACGAGAACUUGGUAUUGAGGAGUCUCUGCCAGAGAUAACAGCAGAUAAAAGUCAGGACUCUGGGUCUGACAAUCACAUCAACACGGUGAGUCUCAAAGAAGCACUGGAAAGGUUUGAUACCAGCCCCACACCUUCUGCUUCCUCCAGGAGUUCAAGAAAAUCUUCACAUACUGCAGUAUCGGAUCAUUCAUCAACACCAACUAAAAUGACAGUGGACACUAGCACUCCUCCGAGGCAAAGCUUAUCUGGUCACGAAAAGACUGCACAAAGAAGAUCAUCUCUGAGUAGUCAGUCUUUAAGCUCCCAGUCUCUUGGACAACCAGUAGUGCAGCCAGCGAUGUCUCAGCCUGCAACUCUGCAGCUCCAGUCUGGCAUGUCCCAGCCUGUGUUUCAGUUUUCAGCUCAAUUAGGAGCUAUGCAGCAUCUGAAGGACCAGCUAGAGCAGAGGACACGCAUGAUAGAGGCAAAUAUUCAUCGACAGCAGGAAGAGUUGCGUAAGAUUCAAGAGCAGCUUCAAAUUGUCCAUGGUCAAGGGCUCCAGAUGUUCCUGCAGCAGUCAACUUCUGGACUCAACUUUGGUUCUGUGCAGCUUGCUUCUGGAAAUUCUUCGAACGUCCAGCAGCUCACGCCAAUAAACAUGCAAGCUCCAGUUGUUCAGACUAACCAGACUCAAAGUGGGAUGAACACAGGCCAUAUAAGUACUCCACACAUGAUACAGCAGCAGCCUUUGCAGAAUACUGCGACGCAGCAUAAUCAGCAAAAUGUGAUUAGUGGACACAAUCAACAGUCUUCUCUUGCCAGUCAGUCCCAGAACACGGUCUCAGCACCUUUGUAUAACACUAUGGUGAUUUCUCAGCCAACGACGGGGAACGUGGUCCAGGUUCCUUCGAGCUUACCCCAGAACAACAACCAGAGUGCUGCUGCAGUCACCACCUUUACACAGGAGAGACAAAUCAGAUUUUCUCAAGGUCAGCAGCUUGUCACAAAGCUGGUGACGGCCCCGGUGGCGUGUGGAGCGGUCAUGGUCCCCAGUACGAUGUUCAUGGGGCAGGUGGUGACAGCUUACCCCACUUUUGCUGCCCAACAGCAGCAGCCACAGACUUUAUCCGUAACGCAGCAGCAGCAGCAGCAGGGUCAGCAAGACCAGCAGCAGCAGCAGCCACAGCUCACCACCGUUCAGCAGCCAGCCCAGCCACAGCUCACCCAGCACCCCCAGCAGUUCCUACAGACGUCCAGGUUACUUCACGGGAAUCAGUCAGCCCAGCUCAUCCUCUCUGCUGCUUUCCCACUACAGCAAAGCACUUUCACCCAAUCCCACCACCAGCAGCACCAGUCUCAGCAGCAGCAGCAGCAGCAACUGGCACGACACAGGACUGACAAGAUGACUGAUCCUUCCAAAGUUCAGCCACAAUAACAGGGGGCUCUGCCUCCUUUGGUUUGGUUUUUUUUGUUUUGUUCUGGUUUUUUUUGUUUUUUUUUUUUUCCUUUGAAGCAAACUAGCAGGAGGAGGCUUGCUCCAAAAAAACCAAGUUGCACUGAGGCUGCGGAGGAGGCAGCACGAAGACUUUCCAGCACCGUGGUGUUGAGGUCUGCUCCUGACUCCUGGAACCUCUUUAAGAAAAAAAAGCCACGAGACGGGGACGGGGACGUGGCCAACUUUUGAGAGUUUGCCCCGGUUUCUGUGUUCUAAAGGAUUUUCGCUGCCAUGUGUUAAUUUGUCCAGGUGAAAUCUCAAAAUGUGACUGAAAUGAGAGGGAUGCUGAAAAUAGUGGUAUUUUUAUCAAUCCUGUACAUUUUUAAAGUAUUAAAAUGGACACGGAGCAAUUGUUUGAAUUAGCAGGAAAAAAAAAUAAUAUGCCAGGAAUCUAGUCCAAAAACCAUCUAAUUUUUUUCAGAUGAUUAUGGGACAGUAAAUAUUUUAAAAAUGUUGUGUGAAAUCCAGUUCUCUGUUGUACAGAUGCUGUAAAAUAUUGUGUAUAUGUCUGCAUAAAAGGAGAAGAGAGCAAAAUAUUUUAUAUGAUGCAUGAAAACGUAAUCUGUUCUUUGUAGGUUUGAAUCUGUUUCCCCUAAAUUCUCACGCCAUACUCAGACUAAUGUUUUCCUCUGUUUCUACCCUUUUGUUUACAACAUGAUGCAUCCUUAAUUUUCACCCUUUAAUGUGGGCACAAGUCUCUCGUUUGUGCUUUGUCCGUGAUGUCAGGGUUUGUCCGGUGAGGUACAGUGUGUUGGUUAGUUGACUUCUCGAAGUUAAAAUUAUUGAUGAAGCUGUGUUUGGGGUUUUUUUUGGGUUUUUUUUGGUUUUUUUUUGAACUGGUGAUCAUCGCAUCAGGGUUCAGGACAUUCAGAUUCAUGAAUAUCAUCUGUCAUUUCAUAAUUAACUCAUCGUUUUAUUUGAAAAAAAAAAAUAGGAAUUUGCACUGCUUUCUUGUGGAUAUGGGUUGGAAUUUUAUUCCCCAAAGCUAUCUUUUGAUAUAGUUCAUAGUUGGAGAUAUUUAUGUAAAAGGUUUAAAAAAAAAAAAAGACAGUAAUUUUCAAGAAUGUUUCAGUUAUAGGAGUAAUUUGCACAAAAAUAUAUUUACAUUUAAUAACCUUUUGGGCACUUUUUAACCACUUUCUCUGUGGUGAGAAUUGUAACUUGUUAAAAUAUGUUGGAAUCUUUUUAUUCUCCUUCAAAAAUAAGUCAGAACUAAUUCAGGGUCAUUUUAACAACAACAACAAAACCCAUAGUGCCUUGAUUUUAAUUCAGGUGAUAACGUCGAACAUCUUGAAUUACAACGUCUGGAAUCUGUGACCAUUUUCAAUUUUGAAGUCUUAGUUACAUCGUCAGCCAAACUCGUGUAUCUAUUCCAUAGCUACUUCUGUGCUGUGCUUUGGUUUUUCAACGAUGGUCUGAGUUGAGAGCAGGAGCGUUUUUGGAGCGGCACUCCCCCUCAAACACUAGCCAGGAACAGAGAGGAGUCUCUAAAAUCUCAGACCUUGAAGGUAAAUUCUCUUAAAAUAUGAAAAAACCCAUAAAUCUCUAAGUAUUGAUUACUCCUUUUGCAGCAGGAGGAACAUUAAGCUGAAUUUUUUUUGUUUUAUUUUUUUUUUUUAAUCAUUUUUGUAGCGUUUGAAGCGUGUGUUGGGGGAGAUCACGACUGCAUUUAACACUACCAGGCUAUUGAUUUUUAAGAGAUACCGCUGAACUAAGACUUCAGAAGGCAACUUCACUUUACAAAGAAAAUAAAAAGUUCCAACAGAUACGAUGUGCUAUUUUAAGUAAACGUUCAGUAGGUUUUUAUGGUACUAGUUUGUGGAUAACCAGAACUUUGGAGGAAAAUUAAUAAAUGCUGAUAGAUCUGGUAAUUAAAAACAAAGAAAAA